GAUGAAUGAUCCUGCUGUUAAUAAUUCACCUGGUGACAGGUGAGGGGAAAGGACAGUAGACUUUGACAUUGCUGAACGGAGCUGAGACACCAUUACAGGGUGUGAGAUCUCUGCAGGAAAAAACACGACGGGAAGAUUUGAAGCAGUCAAGAGAAGGGACAGGAACUCGAUACAUCAACGAUGCUAAUGUUGAAUGAUCCUGCUGUUAAUAAUUCACCUGGUGACAGGUGAGUGCAAAGGACAGUAGACUUUGACACUGCUGAACGGAACUGAGAUGCCAUUACAGGGUGUGAGAUCUCUGCUGGAAAACACACGACAGGAAGAUUUGAAGCAGUCAAGAGAAGGGACAGGAACUCUGUGAGUCUUGUUUUUGAGAGACAUUUAGAUACAAAGACAGAUGGCUGAGAAAACUGCUCUUGUUGAAAGUUUCCUGAACUGCCAUGUGUGUUCAGAGACUUUCAGAGAUCCUGUGUCUCUGAGCUGCAACCACAGCUUCUGUUCAAGCUGCCUGCACGCAUUCUGGGACCAAGCUAACAACAAAAACUGUCCCAUUUGUAAAAGAAAAUCCUCAAAAGGGAUCUCCUCUCUGUCAGACAGCAUCUCUGCUGUGGAAGCAGACCUUUACCUGUGUUCAUCUGAGACAGAAAAAGGAGAGAAGAAGAUGGAUGUGGUGUGUGAUAAACAUCCAGAAGUGCCUAAAUUGUUCUGUAAGGAUGAAGAUAGAGUUGUGUGUCCUGUCUGUGAGUUUUCUCUCCACCACGGUCACACGGUGGUUCCUGUAGAACAAGUAGUCAGAGAUCUGAAGGAGCAGCUGAAAUCUGACUUACAGUCUCUGCAGGACAAGAGGGACAAACACAGACGAGUGGAGGAAACAUACGAUGAAAUAACUCAACACUCCAAGAAGCAGCUGCUGUCUACAGAGAGUCAGAUCAGAGCCGAGUUCAACAAGCUGCACCAGUUCCUGAAAGAGGAAGAGGAGUCCAGACUGGCAGCUCUGAGGGAGGAAGAGCAGCAGAGGGGGGAGACUGUCAGCAGAGAGAUGAAGAGGAUUCAGGAGCAGAUCUCCUCUCUGUCAGACAGCAUCUCUGCUGUGGAAGCAGACCUGCAGAAAGACAGCGUGCCGUUCCUCAGCAGUUAUAAAGCCUCUCAGAGCAGAGUCAGAGUCCAGUGCUCGCUGUCAGAUCCACAGCUGCUCUCAGGAGCACUGACAGAUGUGGCCAAACAUCUGGGCAACCUGUCCUUCAGAGUCUGGGAGAAGAUGAAGGACAUGGUCCACUUCUGUCCCGUCAUUCUGGACCCAAACACUGCACACCCCCGUCUCGGUCUGUCUGAUGAUCUGACCAGUGUGACAUAUGGAGACACAGAGCAGAAGCUUCCAGACAAUCCAGAGAGACACAGCAGGUAUCCAGAGGUUCUGGGCUCUGAGGGUUUCAGCUCAGGGAAACACAGCUGGGAGGUGGAGGUGGGCGAUCAUCCUGACUGGAAUGUGGGUUUAGUCAAAGAGUCAGCUGACAGGAAGGGAGAAAUACAAGCUUCACCAGAAUAUGGAAACUGGUGUUUAACAUAUCGCAGUGGAAAAUACACUGGUGGAUCUGCUAAGACCCUCACAGUGAAGAAGAGUCUCCAGAGGAUCAGAGUCCAGCUGGACUAUGAGGGGGGGCAGGUGUCCUUCUACAACUCUGAAGACAAGACUCACAUCUACACUCACAGAGACACUUUCACUGAGAAACUCUUCCCUUAUUUCAACAUCAGUCCGGCUGGUGAUGCUAAAACUGCAGAAAUCAAAAUCUGUCCAGCUGAGGUUUCUCUGCGAGUUUCAGAGAGCUCAGAGAAGGAGGAGAGAGCAGAGAGCUCAAAGUCGUUUAUUAGGCGUCUUAUGUGGUAGUGUAUUUUUUGGGCUGAUACAGAAUCCAGUUAGUUUUUUUUUAAGAAAAUGUAGAGAUCCAGGUUAGAAGAAGAAUUAAUAUUUGAUGACCUGAUGGAAACCAUUCCUUGGUUGUUCUUUGAUACACAAAAUAUUUCCAAAGCCCAGAAUGAGAAACUACAGCUGAACUGCUUUUGGUGUAAAUGUGCUGCAAGAACUGGGAUUUUAAUUAAAAAUAU